GCACAGGCCACCCUCCCCGCCUCCCCGCCUCCCCGCGCGCUCCGCGCUCGCCCCGCGCUCGCCCCGCCUCGGCUCACUUUAAAAGUUUACUCGGCCCGGACGCAGGGCAAAGCGAGCCAUGGCUGUCUACGUCGGGAUGCUGCGCCUGGGGAGGCUGUGCGCCGGGAGCCGGGGGGCGUUGGGGGCCCGGGCCGUCCUCUUUCGGACUUGGCAGGAAGCGAAGUUGCAGAGUGUCCGCCCGCUCAGUUCCAGAGAGGUGGAUCGCACCUCCCCACUGCCCAUCGGUGGCCUCAGCUACAUUCGGGGCUGCACCAAGAUUCGUCUUGGCAACAAGACUGUGGGCCGGUGCCUGGAUGCCACAGCACAGAGCGUCCCAGACCAACAGGCCUUGGUGGUCCUCCACGAAAACAUCAGGUUGACCUUUGCUCAGCUCAAGGAGGAGGUGGACAAAGCUGCUUCUGGCCUCCUGAGCAUUGGCCUCUGCAAGGGUGACCGGCUGGCCAUGUGGGGCCCCAACUCUUAUGCAUGGGUGCUCAUGCAGUUGGCCACCGCCCAGGCGGGCAUCAUCCUGGUGUCUGUGAACCCAGCCUACCAGGCUAUGGAACUGGAGUAUGUCCUCAGGAAGGUGGGCUGCAAAGCCCUCGUGUUCCCCAAGCAAUUCAAGACCCAGCAGUACUACGACAUCCUGAAGCAGAUCUGUCCAGAGCUGGAGAAUGCCCAGCCAGGGGCCUUGAAGAGUCAGAGGCUUCCAGAUCUGACCACAGUCAUCUCAGUGGAUGCCCCUUUGCCGGGUACCCUGCUCCUGGAUGAAGUGGUGGCGGCGGGCAGCACAGAGCAGCAUCUGGACCGGCUCCGGUACACCCAGCAGUUCCUGUCCUGCCAUGACCCCAUCAACAUCCAGUUCACCUCGGGGACAACAGGCAGCCCCAAGGGGGCCACCCUCUCCCACUACAACAUUGUCAACAAUGCCAACAUGAUAGGGGAGCGCCUGAGACUGCAUCUGAAGACUCCAGAGGAGGCGCGGGUGAUCCUGCCCAGCCCCCUGUACCACUGCCUGGGUUCCGUGGGGGGAACAAUGGUGUGUAUUAUGCACGGUGCCACCCUCAUCUUGUCCUCUCCGAUCUUCAAUGGCAAGAAGGCGCUGGAGGCCAUCAGCAGAGAGAGAGGCACCAUUCUCUACGGCACCCCCACCAUGUUUGUGGACAUUCUGAACCAGCCAGACUUCUCCAGUUAUGACAUCUCGUCUGUACAUGGAGGUGUGAUCGCUGGGUCCCCUGUACCCCCAGAGCUGAGCCGAGCCAUCAUCAACAAGAUGAAUAUGAAGGAGCUGGUGGUUGCUUACGGAACCACAGAGAACAGUCCUGUGACCUUCAUGAACUUCCCUGAUGACACCGUGGAGCAGAAGUCAGAAAGUGUGGGCAGAAUUAUGCCUCACACGGAGGCCCGGAUCGUGAGCACGGAGGCGGGGACGCUAGCAGCGCUGAACACUCCUGGGGAGCUGUGCAUCCGAGGGUACUGCGUCAUGCUGGGCUACUGGGGCGAGCCUCAGAAGACGGAGGAAGUAGUUGAUCAGGACAAGUGGUACUGGACAGGAGACAUCGCCACCAUGGAUGAGCAGGGCUUCUGCAAGAUCGUGGGCCGCUCCAAGGAUAUGAUCAUCCGGGGCGGUGAGAACAUCUACCCCGCAGAGCUGGAGGACUUCUUUCACACACACCCGCAGGUGCAGGAAGCGCAGGUGGUGGGAGUGAAGGACAGCCGGAUGGGGGAGGAAAUUUGUGCCUGCAUUCGGCUGAAGAAUGGGGAGAAGACCACGGCUGAGGAGAUCAAAGCUUUUUGCAAAGGGAAGAUCGCACACUUCAAGAUUCCCCGCUACGUGGUGUUUGUCACAAACUACCCCCUCACCGUCUCAGGAAAGGUCCAGAAGUUCAAACUUCGAGAGCAGAUGGAACAACAUUUAAAUCUGUGAAUAAAGGGGGAGAAGGGGUCCUCCCAGGCCCUCCUCCUGCCCCUCCCCCCACUCCCCUUGUCUG